CAGAGAAGAUGCCACUCACUGUGCAUGUGUGUGUGAGAGAAAGACAGACCUCCACUGAACACCUGUCAACCGAUUUGGAUACACCAGCUGUCAAAUAUCUGGACUUGGAAGUUUCACUGGAUACCCUAUGCCGUGCUUUAGUUUUUUUCUUAGCAUUUUGUACUUUAAUCUUCCUCUCAUGUCGCAUUCUUAUUGGUUUUGUCACUGUUAAACUUGUUCAGCUGCACAGUAUCUGAAGUAAAUAUUAAUCUUCACUAAGAACGCUUUUGGGUGUAGCCAGCAUUUAUCAUCGCAUCGCAUCGUCAUUGCAAACUCUUUUUCCUCACAAGGACUUUUUGAUACAUCAUCAUACACGACCAUGGCAGACUUCCCAUCUAAGGUUACCACGGAGACCAGCUCCCCCAACUCCCAAAGCACUCAGCAGGGGGGCAACAGCCUGCGGGGGCUGGCAGCUAACGUGAGCGGCAGCAUGGACAUGUCUUUCAUCAGGAGCAUCCCAUCCGUGCUCAUGAUGGCUCAAAUAGGUUUGGGGCUGCUCCAUUGGGCGCUGAUAGCCAGCUCUCCUUACAUGUGGGCGCCGGCCAAUGGCUGGGUACUGUUUGUGGCUGUCACCUUCUGGGUUCUCACCACCAUCCUGUUCUUCUUGAUCCUCUUCGGCGCCCAGAGGAGACUCACCGCAGUGCCGUGGCCUCUCACGGUGAUGGUGUACCACGGAGUAGCAACGCUCCUCUACCUGACUGCCUUCCUGGCCAACGCUGCAUCGGUUCAGCCCUUCUACCAUAGCUACUUCUUCGGACAUAUGGCCGCUGCUGCUUUUUUUGGUGCCGUGGUGACGGUGGCAUACGGCGCCAGCGCUUUCUUUUCCUAUUUGGACUGGAAGGGAGACGGAGGAAACGCCGCCACCAGCACAGUGCCCACCUAGGAGCCAAAACAAAGUCUCACAAACCAAAAAAAAACAAAAAAGACUUAUUCCUGGAAGGUCUCUUGUCCAUACUCAGUAAUCAAGGAGCCAUGUGAUGAUUAUUAAUGUUCAACCUGAACACUGUUCCAAUGAAUGAUCAUUCAUUGCAACUACAACACAAAUUUAGCACAGUCUUACCUUGUAUUAUCGUUAAUGCCAAACAAUUACAACCAGUAGGUCAAAUUAUCUUAAAGGCUUUUUUUGUAUCGCUUUCUCUCAGUCAACUUGUUAAAAGGUCUCAGAGGUCCCACUCCACAAUAAUGUAUUCCCAGCAUAUUCCCCCAAAUCUUGGCUUGGUGUUGUGAUUUUCGGUUUUAAAAGUGCUUUUAGUUUGCCGGGAACACUCCGUUUUGUAUGUCUGUAGCUAACGCCAAUUGCUCCAAGAAGCACUAUUGUGCACUUUGUCCACAUUUUGCAUAUACAGUCGUCCCUCGUUUGACGCGUACUUGUUUUCCCCUUACUUUCAUACAAUUCACUAUGCUCUCGUCUGUACAAAAUAUGAAGCAUAAAAGAGAGUGACUUUGGACAAGUUUUAAAAUCAUUUAACAUUUUGCUGAUUUUUUUUGUGUUAUGAAAUAGAAAUAACCUCUUUUCUGAUAUAGAAAUAUAUUUGAACAAAAAAACACAGGAAUAUGUAAUAAUAUAUAAACAUUGUCUCCAUAUGGGGGUUCAUUUGAAAUUCGGGUAAACAAAAAAAAAACCACAAAAAAGCAUUUUUUUUAAAUAUAUUUGCAAGCAUUCGCAAAUGAUUUAGUAGUCUAGUCGCGGUUGUUUGUUUACAUAUCCCCCACGGCCCCCUAUGUAAAGCCGUUAUGACUCAGGUAUGGUAUGAUAUCGACAGAAUUUUUAAAAAUUAUCAUACCCGAGUCCUUAUGACUAAGCUCAAGCACACUUGUUGUGCGAAGACAAACCUUGCAUUUAGUGUGAGUGGGUAACAAACUAACAACAGACUUAACAACUCACAAGUUCUCACAUAAGUCAUUGUCCGAGAAGUGUUUCUUGCGAGUAGCAAUAUGGCGGCCGUGUGGCUUCACAAGUCAUCGCCAAUGAGCUAUC